AUGAAGGCCUUCGCCAGCAGCUCCGUCGGAGCGCGCGUUGGAGGUGCCGCUCGCUCAUCUCUCACACCCUACACUUCCGCCUAUGGCCGCUCCGCUGCCUGCCGCCGGUUAUCCACCGCUGUGCUACAGUCGCAGCGCCCCUCUUCCCCACUCACUUCCCCCGUCUCUUCUUCGUCUUCCUCUCUUCCUUUCCUCCGCUCGCAGCUUCAGCCGCAGGACAUCCUCCUCCGCUCCUCCGCCCUCUACGCCCGCCACUUCCACGCCCAGCCCUAUCUGAGCCGGAAAGCGAAGAAGGCAGACCCCACAACCUCCGCCGAGGACAAGGCGCGUGCCGAGGACGCAGACAAGAGCUCUUCCGCCGCCGACGCCGAGACCGGCGAGAAGAAGGCCGAAGGCGAAAACAAGGCCGAGGGUGAACAAGCCGAGGGCGAGCAGAAGGAAGAGGGCAAGGAGAAAGACGGCGACAAGAAGAAGAAGGAAGAUGCGCCACCCCCGCCGCCGCACGGCGACAAGACGCCGUGGCAGGUCUUCACCGAGACGCUGAAGACCGAGUUCAAGGCGUCGAAGGAAUGGAACGAGUCGACCAAGCAGCUAGCCGCUGGCGUCGAGGACUUCACCCAGAACGAGAACGUCAAGCGUGCGCGCUCCGCUUACAAGUCUGCUGCCGAGGUAACCGGCACUGCUACUUCGACCGUCCUCAAGAAGACCGGAACCGCUAUCGGACAGAGUGCUGCGUGGACCUGGGAUACUGUGCCUGUGCGCGUGCUGAGGAAGGGCGCCAAUGCUACUGGUCGUGGUCUGGAGAAGAUCACCAGGCCGGUGCGCCAGACUGAGGCGUACAAGAGUGUCAAGGACGUCAUCGAUGAUGGCAGCUCCUCGAGAUACGGUGGUUGGGUCGAGAAGGAGGAGCGCAAGAAGAAGAGGGAAGAGAGAGAUGAGAAGUCCGGCAGGCCCAAGUUCGUGGAGAACCCGGAAGAGGAUCCCAACGCCGGUACCAACAUCACCCUGCACAAGGAUGCUGCAUGGAAGGCUUCGUGGAACGAUUUCCGUGAGAACAGCCGUCUGAUGCAGUCCCUCUUCGCCAUGAAGGCCAACUACCGCGAAUCUGAGAACCCGCUCAUCUCCACCGCCCGCAGCAUUUCGGACCGUGUCGCCGGUUUCUUCGCCGAGAACGAGACUGCUAUGGUCAUCAAGAAGUUCAAGGAGAUGGAUCCUACCUUCCAGCUCGAGCCUUUCUUGACGGAGAUGCGCGAGUACAUCCUCCCUGAGGUCCUCGACGCCUACGUCAAGGGCGACACCGAGGUCCUCAAGCUCUGGCUUUCGGCUGCUCAGUACCAGGUCUACGCUGCCCUCAUGCAGCAGUACACCACUGCCGGCCUCAAGUCCGCCGGCCGCAUCUUCGAUAUCCGCAACGUCGAGAUCCUGAACGCCCGUCUGCUCGAUCCUGGUGAGAUCCCCGUCUUCAUCGUCACUUGCAGGACGCAGGAGGUCCACGUCUUCAAGAACGCCAAGUCGGGCGAGCUCGCCGCCGGUAUGGACGACAAGGUGCAGCAGGUCACCUACGCCAUUGGUGUCACCAGAAUACCCGAGGACGUCAACAACCCUGAGACUAGGGGCUGGAGGUUGAUCGAGAUGCAGAAGAGCGCGAGGGACUACAUCUAA